GCAAAAGAUUCACUGGAAUGCCCCCAGUCUUUGGGAGGGAGUGCAGGGUGUUCCUCCCUCUGAGAGAAAAAGGGGGUGGACAAAUUCAUAGCUUGGUGAUUGUAAAAACCACAAAAUCUUUUUGUUGAAGUUUCUGCGUACAUCUGUAAAUAUCACUUGUUUAAAGAACAUUUUAUUUUAUUUUUGGAUAUUUGUCUGUGUUGCAACUUCCAGUGCUGAAAGGAAUUCGCAGACAUUCAUCGUUAAGCUAAUUUUCUGUUUGUAAAGUUUUUUCCCACUUUUUCUUCUGAAGUUUUUGGAUAAUUUAUUUUUCUAGAUAAAAUCCGUACAGUGACAGAAUCUGCUAAAUUCUUGGAAGUCUUGGAAAAAUACAUCUUUUUUUUUCUUUCUGCUAUUUUGUAUCUUAUUACAGUCACUGGCUAUACAUUUCUACAUCCAGCAAUUCACUGCUCUCUUCGUUGCUUAAUAUAUCCAAGAUGUCUCGGGUGGCAAAGUAUAGACGCCAGGUGAGCGAAGACCCAGACAUUGAUAACCUUUUGUCCACCUUGUCUCCUGAGGAGAUGGAACAACUGGAGAAAGAGUUGGAUGCAGGGGACCCAGAUGCUGGUGUAUCAGCAGGACUCAACAAAGGCCAGACUGAGAGAGCAUCCUCACAGAGAGAAGAGAGCAAGAGGCUUGCUCAAAAACAGGCAUCAAUUGAUGUAAGUGCUGAUAUUCUAUGGCUUUAACCCUUAAAUACCAAUGACUUCACAACAAUCUGAUCUUUAAGUAUCAUAUUCCAAAAUAUAAUGUCCCACUCAUUUGAUGACAAAACUAAAUAAGGAAGACUUUCCAUGCUGGCAUAAUGUAAAAAAAAUCCUGACAUAUAUGUUAUGAUAGCUAGAAAAUAGAGAGCGAGGGGCAUAGUUAAUGCGUUGGCAUGAUAUGAGGGAGGAGGAGGUCUCUGCAUUGUGGUAAAUAGAGGAUAAUGUACAAACAUAGUUCCAUUAAACCCGAGACAAACGUGACUCUUUAACCUCUUCAUGAAAGAUGACUUGCCAGGAUUGCCCGAAAUUUAAAGUGGUGGCCUAAUUCUUAUGGACAGUUAUAGAGUUAAAACCACUAGGGACCCUAAAACAAACUUGGCACAGUAAUUUGUAGUUGAAUAGUUCUGGUGCAGGGAACAGUUAGAAAGUCUAAAGUGAGAUUCUCCCCCAAUCCUCCUGAUUAUAUCUAAAAGAGUCAUUCCACAGUAAUAUGUAAACUGGAGAUCAAAUUCACAGCUCAUCAGUCACUUGGAGGCAUUUUUAAAGCACCAAACAUUUUCCAUCAAAAUGUUCCUGUGGAAACCUACAAUCUAGAUACAUGCAAAUUCUUUGGAGAUUCCACUACAUUCUUACCAUUAGCUCGUGAUAGGAUAAUUGAAGAUAACCAUGCCCAUGUAAGAUAACGAGGUGCAAUGACAUGAUAAAUUCUAUAGUUAUUAUUAUUCCAAAAUAUGCUGAAACAAUUACUGAUGAGACUGGAAACAAAACAUACACAAGAUAUGGGUACAGCCUGACAGUACAGUUCCUGGAACCACAGUGUUCUGUGUUAUUUGAAUUAGUUUGCUUUCAAAGCUUUAAGGAGGUAUAUUGUAUAGGAAUAUUCCAUGCAAGGUUACAAAAUGUGAUAUUUGAUAAUGAUAAAUUCUGUUAUAAUAGUUUGGGUGGUUAAAGGAGCCUUGCUAUUAAAGAUUAAGAUCCGCUUUAAUUCCCAUCUCAUGUACCUCCUCUAUUUAUAAUUCUCCCCCCCUCCUUUUUUUCUCCUUCAUCUCUUCCCUAGCUUCUCCUUCUGCCAGUAUUCCACAUUCCGGCUCAUUUUUCACCACCUAUUUACCCCUGACCUCCAAGAUCUACUUUUUUUUUUUUUAUUUUAGUUUGUUCAGUUUGUUAAUCUGUUUUUCUUUGCCAGCUUCUCUCUCUCACGCAGUUUCUCUUUUACAAAUGUCACUUCACCUGCUCAUAAUUCACUUCUAAUUUUAUCCAGUCUAGUUCUUUUAACUCUCUUCUUACCUUUCUUGUGUCUGUUUUUCUGUCCUCCUAGUUGAUUAACCAUUUUUUCUUUUAUGAUGAUAUCUGUUUUAUCUCGUCUACAUUGCAUUUUCGCUCCCUUUGAAUACAGUUUAUGCCUCUCUGUCUCUUCAAUUCACACUGCUGUUUUUAUCCUUUAUCCCGAUCCCUAAUCUACCUCCUCUCUGUCUCCCAUCUGUCCUUAUUACCGCUGCCCCUUGACUCAUUAGGCAGUUAAGACAUUGAGGACCACUGGUUAAUAUCUAGGCUGCCAUACACAGGAGUGGGCAGCAAACUGGGCCCUAGAGCAAAACUGGAUCAGGUGUCCGAACUACCCUCCUCUUGAAUCUAUUCCGAACAUGGCAAAUAUAUAAUAAAGCAAGUAUUGUUAUUACCCUAUAUUUGGUUGCAGCAUUUAGAGGAGGGGUCCACAUAGAAAUUUACCACAUAUACUCCUAACCUAUCAUACUCUAUAAUAAUGUAAGAGGAGAGAGAUUCCUGAUGCAUGAAACAAUGCUGGAAAGCAGUGCUGUCAAAUAAAAUCCUCAGUUCCAGAUCCCAGUGGAGCAAUAUGGGGAAAAAAGAGGACAUGAAUUCAAAUAUAGUGUAGUAUUUAGGGUGUAGUGAUAUUAGAAUAAAAUAAUAUGCACUUACAAUUUUCUGGAGAUCUUUUCUAGAUAUAUGAGCCUGGACGGUACAAUCCCUAUGUGAGGAUAUGCUUUUGACUUUCAGCAUAUCUUCAAAUGGGGAUUGUGCCGUCCAGACGCAUAUAUCUGGAGCUGAUCUGACGCUCCAGAAAAUUGUAAGUGCAUAUUAUUUUAUUCUAAUAUCACUACACCCUAAAUACUACACUAUAUUUGAAUUCAUGUCCUCUUUUAUUCCCAUAUUGCUCCACUGGGAUCUGGAACUGAUGACUUUAUUUGAAAGCGUUGCUUCCCGGCAUACUUUUAUCUAUGCUCUAUAAUAAGUCCUAAAGUGCAUAGGUCUUGGGAACGUUUACAGAGGCUGUUCAGUAACUUUAAUUUGUAUAAUUGCAGUCAAUUUUGGAACUUAAUGUAGGGAUAUAAACAUGCAUGUCUUGAUCAUUUGUCUAGGACAGUGGUAGGCAACCUUUUGCACUCCAGAUGCUCUGGGCUACAUCUCCUAUAAUGCUCUUCAGCCGUUAUACUGGAAAGCAUCAGCGGAGAUGUAACCCACAAAGUCACUGCAAAUGUUACAUAGGCUGAAAAGAGACAUGUGUCCAUCAAGUUCAGCCUUCCUCACGUUCUUUUUUUGCUGUUGAUCCAAAAGAAGGCAAAAAAACCUAGUUUGAAGCAUUUCCUAUUUUGCAACAAACUAGGAAAAAAAAUUCCCUGUUGACCCCAGAAUCAUAGUCAGAUUUAUCCUUGGAUCAAUAAGGUAUCACCCUACAGUUGAAAGAUUAUAUAAUUGAAUAUUCUGUUUUUGCAAGUAUGCAUCUAGUUGCUGUUUAAACUUCUGUACGGACGCUGAUAAAAACACUUCUUCAGGCAGAGAAUUCCACAUCUUUAUUGUUCUUACAGUAAAAAAAAACCUUUCCUUUGUCUUAGACUAAAUCUUCUUUCUUCCAGUCUAAACGCAUGACCUCGUGUCCUGUGUAUAGUCCUGUCUGUGAAUAGAGUGUCACACAAUGGUUUGUAUUGGCCUCGGAUAUAUUUGUAUAAUGUUAUCAUAUCCCCACUGAGGCAACGUUUUUCUAAACUAAAGAGGUUUAAAUUUGUUAAUCUUUAUUUUUUUUAUUUUUGUUGUGCAUAGCAUCAAUACAGACAAGCUCGGGGUGCCCCAACAGCAAUCCUCAAGCGUAUGGUCAUGCAUAACAUUAGGAGCAACAGAGGGAUCAAGCACAUUUUUUAAACAUAUUAUAAUACUUGUCUAGCUAGGAGGCAUAUGAGGGGAAAUAUAUGCAAGCUUCAUACUACUACUAUAGUAUAGACUCCACUUGAUAGGCAUUUGCAUGACAGUGCUGUAAUAAACAUAAUGCUUCAGUGGGGCUUGCCUAAAGUGUGUACUCUGAUAUAAGGUGUGAUGCCUCUGUGUGUGGAGGAGGGUAAAACAAACAUGCUUAACUGUAUUAAAAGACUAACAGGUUUCCACAUGAUGGUAUAAUAUUCAAGAGUACGUCUGCCUAGUGCACUUAGAUUAGGUAGAUUCAGGAGUUAAACAUAAAGAUGAGAAGUUAGCUACUAAGCAAACCUACGGGUGAACAAAUGUAUAGUUCUCAUGGCAUGUACGUGGGUAAAGAAUGUAAGGAGCCUGGCAUGCCAGUCUGGAGGCCUUGACUGUAGCCCUGGGAUGGACGUUCUCCACUGGGCUCCUAUAUCCCGCGCCCGUGCGUGUACUUUGCGGCGGUGUAUAAUGCAUCUUCGACCUGGGCCCUGUGCUGGGCAGAUUGCAGAGAUGGCGGCUCGUUGGGGGCAAGGUAAGUCCACUCUCCAGCCCCAGGCCGGUAUGAGAGCCGACAAUUUUAGACCACGGACCCGGUCUCCUCUGUGGUCCAAGUCCCUCCCAGGACGGGAGUGGCGGAGGGACAUGAUGGUUAGUCAUCGCCUGUGGUGGCCAUCCCUCCUUCCGUGUGGGCAUUGUCUCCUGGUGGCCCUCGGCCCAGGUAGGCCAUUAAUAUGAGUUGUAGGUUUGUCAAAUGUAGCUAGGCCCGAGGGGGUCCUCCUCGCUCUCCGGCUCUCGCCUCUCCGCCCUUCCACUCGGUGUUGGAGCGGCAUUAUGGGUUGGCAGUUCUCCAGAGCUUCCCAGAACCUUCGAAAGUGUUCAUUCAGUCGCUGCAGUAUGCGGUCCACAGAGCUAAGGGCUGGUGUGUCCUGCUCGUGAGCCGUCUCUCCGGGCCGGAUCUCAGACGCCAUCUUAGUUCGGCACUCCGAGCUUGACUAGGCCCUAUUUCAGGUAUGGAGGUAGGUGCCUUGUCGUUGUGUUCAGAUAGUUGCGUAGGGACCAGGAUGACCCCCGCCGGUCCAGUGGGGGGUAGGAGAGUGCCCAGACUAGUGAGCUACCGAUGAGUGGGAAGAUCGGCCGCCUCUCCCCAGCUCCGAUGUAGCAGGCCGCAGUGGCGGUACUCUGGUCUCCCGUGAUUAAACGGCUUGGCUAGGUUAAAUUGCUAGUUAACUGGGUUUAAUACCAUAUAAAUUGUUUAUUCCAGCGGGAGCCUGGGACACACACAUCUGCUCCUCUCGAUGGUUAGGCUCCGCCCCUUGUUAAUCUUUCUUCAUAGCUAAAAUGUUCCAUUCCUUUUAUUAAUUUUGUAGUCCGCCUCUGCUCUUUUUCUAGUGCCAUAAUAUCCUUCUUUAGAACAGGUGCCCAAAAUAGCACAGCAUAUUCAAGGUGUGGUCUUACCAGUGAUUUAUAAAGAGGCAAAAUGAUAUUCUCACCCCAAGAAUUAAUGCCUUUUUUCAUGCAUGACAAUACCUUACUGGCCUUAGCCACUGCUGAUUGACAUUGCACAUUGUUGCAUAGUUUGUUGUCUACAACAAUUCCCAAGUCCUUCUCGUGUGUUGUUAUCCCUAAUUCGAUCCCAUUUAGGGUAUAACUUGCUUGUGCAUUAUUUACGCCCAAGUGCAUAACUUUGCAUUUUUCUACAUUAAAUUUCAUCUGCCAUUUGAGUGCCCAGUCCCCAAGUCUAUCUAAAUCCCUCUGCAGCAAAGUAAUAUCUUGCUAACAUUGUAUUACUUUACAGAAUUUUGUGUCAUCUGUAAACACUGAAACAUGAAUACUUUUUUCAAGAUCAUUAAUAAAUAUGUUAAAUAGUAGGGGUCCCAGAACAGAACCCUGAGGGAUACGACUUGCCACCUCUGUCCAGCUUGAAAAUUUACCAUUAAUGACAACUCUAUUUUUAAGCCAAUCUUCUACCCAAGAACAAGAAUUUUUAUGUAGACUGAUUUCUUUGAGUUUGAACACUAAUCUAUUGUGUGAACUGUAAUACACCCCUCCCCAUUUGUUUUUUUAAUAUGUCCUAGAAAAGCAGCUGACGUGCUUGGGAAGGUAAGUAGGUGAAUGUACAGAUAGCUGGCAACUGUGGCAUGCUGGCACCUUAGCAGACAUCCCAGUUGGCAGAAUAUUUGCUUUAGGAGAAAGGAGUCUUGGUGAUGGAGAGACAGUGACUAGGCCAAGAAUAGCUAUUGUCUAACCUAGACAAUAUGCAAAUUUCUCAUUUGCAUUAUGGGAAGCUCACAGACAUCUUCAAAAUUCACAACCUACUUAUGUGAACACAGAUGCUUCUGAACAUAGAGAUCACAUUUCUGAGGAUAAGGAUAAGAAUAAGCAUCAUGGUAAUUAUAGAUCACAAACAUCAGAAUAAUUUUUUUGCUAACAGGAACUGCAGAUGUUUAUAAACUACAAUUCAUGUGAUGUUUAUAUAGCCCAUAGACUGACUCAACAUCAAUGGAUUUGUUAUUCUUUUUGAUAUGUGAUAUGUGAUAUCAUUUAGUUCCUUUCUGUUUAGGUCUGCUGUGUGAGAAAAUGCUGCAUCCUGAAAUGCCUUACUGCUUAGUACACCCAUGGUCAGAAAAAGGGGUAAUAACUUUACAUCUUCACAUGCCUCUACCCCAUUGUAAAAACUGCCAACAACAAUAAAACAAGUCAUCUGUGCGUACAUCUUUUAGACUACCAAUAAAAACAAUAAGCCGGAAAAAGGAGUCAUAAUUUACAACAUGUUGGGUUAAUCUUGACCCUAUUUGCCCCUAACAAUGGAGGUGACAUUUAAAACAGCUGUGACUCUUAUAAUUGCAGCACUAUCACAACAGCACUCUACAGCAGGAGUGCCCAAAGGUAGAUCCCCAGAUCUUGUAGAACUACAACUCAACCAUGAUGCUUUAUAUGCCUUUUGAAUGACAAAGAAAAGCAUUAUGGAAUCUCGGCCACGUUCAGUGCCUAGUCCUGGUCAUAUUGUCCCCUGGUUUUCACCCCUUCCCAAUUGGCUAGGAAGGUGCUUUUUGGAGGAGAUAUACAUCUUGUCCGGGAGACCAAUUGCCCCCUAUGAGUGGGAGGGAGCCCCCUGUCUCCAACAGCCAGAGCUCCUGUUAAGACCAUGUGCACUCCGCAUGGAACUAUUUUCAGCCUGAACUCUCUUAGCAACAGUCAAGAACUUUAACCCUGUGUCGUUUGUGCAAUACACCAUGUGGCAAACUUAGCCACUUGGACAAUACAGAGAGACUAUGGCUUUAAGGGUUGCCAGUGUAGUUCUGGUAAUGUACUGUGACCGUAUGCUUGCAUUGCCUGUAUGGGCUAUCUGACGAAAGCAGAUAGCUGUAUUUCAUUUCGUUUCACGAACAGCGCCUUUGCGGGUUGUUCGUGAACCGAAUUAACUAUCCUGCCAUAGCCCACACACUAAGAGACGUGUGGCGCUUGUUAACCGAUUGCAACAAUGUUGCAAUCGGUAAUUAGAGGCUCUCCUAGGUGGCCAUCGUUCGACUACCGACCAUGCGGCGGUCGGCAAUCGUGGAUCCUUUGUUCCUCCAGCGGUGUGUGGUCGUCGAGCGCAUGGUACUAAAAACGGCUCCUCGACGGCGCGAACACUGCUGGACUUUCUGGCCGUUCGGGAGUUCCGGGCCUUUCGGUAUUUUAUUCCCCGUAUGCCAAUCGUUCUUUUGAAUGUAUGUUUUGAUGAAUAUGUUUUUCAUGCGGCGUUCGGUUGUUUUAGCUGGGAUCUGAGCGGUGAUCUCACGAAUUAUGUGCUCAGACCCCAGCUAUCUACCGAACGUCCAUUCGUGCAAAUCAACCCAAUAUUCGAAAAGUUAUGUAUUUUAAUAUAAAUUGCUGGUUCUGCUGCACAGAGGGAUAAUCCACUUAACAUUACAUUCCAGUGGGAGGAUCCCUCUCGUGCAGCAGUGCCUGAUGGGAGAAAUGCCCAAAAUGUGAAGUCCCCCAUGUAGUCCCCUACUGUGUUACCCCUGCUAGGGCAGUAUGGAAACCCCUUGCAUGGGGACUUGUAUAAAUACUGGAGCUGCAAAUAAAGACCUCAGUUGACUCCCAGAAGUGUGUUUCGUCCGGUUACUGGGGGAUUUGGGAUAUUGCCUUGCUUUUCAGCGCUUGACUGUGGAUUACCUUCUUAACCAGCGGACAUCGUGGGAUUUAAUAUUGCCGCUCCGCUACAAUUGUUGGCAAGCGACGGGAUCCAACCUUACAGCCGAAAAGCGUGGUUAGUGCAAUUGAAACUGCCGGACAGGAAAAGGGAAUGGCAAUUCGAAUGCAACAAAAGAACCGAAAACAGAAGUGAAUGGAGACGGAUUAUGCUACAUUAAAACGGCAGACACUGAAAGAACUGCUGGAAGCUAGAGGAAAGAUAGCUAGCAACAAAUCCAAAGCCGCGCUGAUCGUUGAACUGAUGAAGGGCGACCAAGCUCACAACAGCACACCCCCACCAGCCAGGGAAGAAACCCCGUACCAAAGGGAAAUGAGAACCCGGCUGGAGUUUUUACCGCAGCCAGUACCCCUGGACAUCCUGACGGUCUUGAUGGCUGAUGUGCAGGAGUAUGUGAUGGCACAACACCAACAGGAGGCACCGUCCAGGGCAGAAUCCAUCACUACCUCCAUCUAUGGUCAGGUAAAGCCAAAAAUACCUUAUCAUGCCUUCAAGAUGUUCUGUGAGGAGAAGGAUGAGAUUGAUGGGUACUUGCAGGACUUUGAACGGCUAUGUGACCUGCACGACCUAGAGCAGGCAGUAUGGGUGCCCCUGCUAGCAGGAGAAUUGGCGGGGUGGGCAGCAGAAGUGUAUCACGCUGUCCCUAGGGAGGACAGCAAAGACUAUUCAAAAGUAAAAAGGGCCAUACUCGAGAGGUAUGCCAUUACGCCAGAAGCUUAUCGGCGCAAAUUCCGUGGAUUGCGCAAACCAGAUAAAGAUUCGUAUGCGGAAGGGGCGCACAAGCUGGACCAAGCAUCGCAGGGGUGGAUACAGGCAAGCCAAGCCGACACCAUGGAGGAACUGUGCCAACUUAUGCUCUUGGAACAAUUUUUCAACGGAUUAUCCCCUGAAGCACAAGAAUGGGUGAGGGACCGUAAACCUCUCACCUUACCUGAAGCCGCCAGAUUGGCUGACCAACAUUUUGAUGCCAGAAGACAUCAUGGGCUGGUUAAUCGGAACUACACAAGACCUCCUGGGCAACCCAGCACAGUAACACCCGCAACCACCAACCCCACUCCGUUUAGACCGGUCCAAGGGAACCCACCACCUCCCUCUCGCUACAACGGCUGAUCCAAUAUUCAGUGCCAUACCUGCCGACAGUGGGGACAUAUGUCCAGAGAAUGCACACAGAACCGGAGCAGACAAGCCUGGAACCAAGUGAGGCAGAACCCAACACCCAGGGCAGCGGCACAUCACUACCAGGUGGAACCUGACACCCAAGAGCUGCUGAGCAUUCAGACAGAGGAACCCAUGGGCAUUUUACACGAGGUGAUGUCUAUGCAGGCCACUGACAACCGGCAACACCAUCACCAAGUCGUGUUUGUAGAAGGCAAGGAAGUACAGGGACUACGUGACUCAGGAGCCACAUUGACUCUGGUGGCUCCACAUUUGGUCCCGGGUACCGCUCACACUGGCGGGUCUGUGGCAGUCCGGGUGGCGGGGGGAGCAAUGUACCGCCUACCCACUGCAAAGGUACAUUUGAACUGGGGUGCUGGGGAAGGGGUAGUGGAAGUGGCUAUCAUGAAGAAGCUACCCGCGGAUGUGGUAUUAGGGAAUGACUUGGGCCGGAUGACAUCUGCAUUUGUACCUCAGGCCCCUCUGCAAGAAGCACAUCCGGUGACCACUCGGCAACAGGCUCGCACCACGGUUCCACCAACACACUCUGAGGCUCAGGUAAGAGACCAUGACCCGCCCUUGACCCAUAUGACCUGGGACACCCCAACCACAUUUGAAGCCGAGGUUCAGUCAGACCCCACGUUGCAGGUAUACCGGGAUAGGGUAAGCACUGAUCAGGCCGGGCUAGAGGUGGAGCGGUAUAUAUGGGAGAAAAGACUGUUAUACCGGGUAGCAGAGAGAGUGAUAGGGGGCUCUGUCAUGGUAAAUACUAAAUAGCUAGUAGUUCCCCAAAAAUAUAGGCAGGAGCUCCUGAGGAUAGCUCAUGAUAUACCCCUCUCUGGUCAUUUAGGGAUGACCCGUGUAAUGAUAUUGAUGUUACAAAGUUUUGGAGUCCAGUAGACAGAUCAGCAAUGUUUUCUGCCAGAGGUAGCCACUCGUUACCCAGGUGGUUGAGCCCCUGAGCCUUGAGUGGCCUUCUGGUCUUAAGCAGAGAUGGGAGACUGGAACAGAAAGAUGAUAAUCGUAGUGAGGCAAGCCGAGGUCAGUGGGAAGGAGAAGCAGCAAAGUCAAAACAGUCCAAAUUCAGCAACAGGAAGGAGAAACAGGAACACGCUUGAUUAGAGAGUACAGGAACCACAAUAAUCUGGCAAAGGUACAGAGACAGGAAGUGGCUUUUAUAGGCCAAGAAUCAGACACCUGACCAGACACAGCUGAAUAGAGUUGUCACUGAUAACCUUGACUCUCCAAGCAAUAGUAUCAGAUCUCAGGUAAAUUUGCAAAAGGCAGGCUGGUGUACUGGUAAGGAAGAGGUUUAGCACCAUGUAAACCAGAGUUCGAAACCCAGCAGCGUCAGUUCCUCGUACCCGUUAUCGGCUGACACACGCCUUCUUCUGGCUGGGAAUUUCCAAAGACGAGAGGCAUUACUGCACCUCAUGUGACAUAUGUCAGCGAGUAGGUAAGAGGGGGGACUGCCACAAAGCGAAACUGUGCCCCCUGCCCAUUAUUGAGGAACCUUUUAGCCGAGUGGCCGUGGACAUAGUAGGGCCAUUACCUAAGCCUAGUCCCUCUGGGAAGCGGUAUAUGGAGAAUAUCCUAACCACUACGCCACCCGGUACCCUGAAGCCAUCGCUCUGCCCAACAUUCACGCUGAAACGGUAGCGGAGGCCUUGAUGAAAGUCUUCUCUAGGGUAGGAUUCCCUCAGGAGAUAAUCUCUGAAUUCACGGCCGAGGUCACCCAGCAAUUGUGGAGGAUAUGUGGCAUUAAGCCGAUCAUCAACUCCGCUUACCAUCCCCAGUCCAACGGGUUAUGCGAAAGAUUCAGUGGUACCCUAAAGCAGAUGCUCCGUACGUAGAGGCUCAUAAGGACUGGGAAUGAUUUCUUCCCCAUCUGCUAUUUGCCUAUAGGGAAGUACCCCAAGAAUCAACAGGUUUUUCCCCAUUUGAGUUGUUAUUUGGGAGAAGAGUACGGGGACCGUUGGACCUAAUUAGAGAGCAUUGGGAGGGAGAGAGUAGCGCAGAUGGGACCCCUAUUGUACCAUAUGUGCUAGAGUUCAGGGACCGCUUGGAGGAGUUAACCCAGGCCGUACGCACCAACCUACAGGCGGCCCAACAACGGCAGCACUGCUGGUAUGACAGGGGGGCCAGAGACCGUAGUUUUCAAGUGGGACAGAAGGUGUUAAUUUUAAAACCUGUCCGCACAGACAAACUGCAGGCCGUCUGGCAGGGCCCAUACCAGGUGGUAGAGUAGAGAUGCGACACCACCUAUGUGAUCGGCCCAUGCUCCGGGGUAGGGAAGAGACACAUGCUCCAUGUGAACUUGUUCAAACCCUACCACGAGAGGACCGAGGACGUGGCCGCCAUAUGCACGCCUGCCUCGGAAGAUCAGGAGAAUCUGCCACUACCCGAUCUGUUAGAGCAGGCAGAGCCCUCCAAGGGGGUUCAACUGGGGGAGCAGCUAAGCCCUCAAGAGUGAACUCAGGUCCAGGAGUUGAUAGCGGCGAAAGGCGCCACUUUCUCCAACUUGCCUGGGUACACUCUGCUGGCCACCCACCGAGUUGAAACCCCUGGACAGCUACCGAUGCGGUAAACCCCAUAUCGGAUUCCUGAAUCCGUCAGGGAACACAUGAGGAAAGAAAUUGAAGAGAUGUUGCAGUUAGGGGUUAUCGAACACUCUGAUAGCCCCUGGGCAUCGCCGGUAGUCCUGGUACCUAAGAAUGAGAAAACGGUGUCUGAUGCCUACUCGAUGCCCCGGAUAGAUGAGCUGCUAGAUAGGAUGGCAAGAGGCCAGUAUCUCACCACCAUAGAUCUAUGUAAAGGAUACUGGCAGAUUCCAUUAGCCGAAGAUGCCAUCCCCAAGUCGGCGUUUGUCACCCCGUUUGGCUUGUAUAGGGUCAUGCCAUUCGGGAUGAAGAACGCCCCGGCAACCUUUCAGUGGAUGGUAGAUCGGCUACUGGAUGGGUUCCAGGAUUAUGUAUGCGCAUACUAGGACGAUAUCGCCACAUAUAGCCAGACCUGGGCCGAGCAUUUACAACACAUAGGGGCAGUAAUAGAUCGUUUUGGAGAGGCAGGGUUGACACUGAAGCCUAGCAAGUAUCACAUAGGGAUGGCCGAAGUGCAGUACUUGGGCCACUGGGUAGGAAGUGGGCAACAAAUACCUGAGCCAGCAAAAAUUGAAGCCGUAGCUAAGUGGCCCACCCCUAGGACCAAGCCGGUUACUAUAGAAAAUUCGUGCCCAAUUACAGUGCCCUGGCCAAACCCCUGACUGACCUGACGCGCAAGAACCUACCUCGACAGGCUGUCUGGGCCCCAGAGUGUGAACAGGCAUUCACCCAACUUAAGACAGCUCUGACUAAUGCACCUGUACUUGCUGAUCCAACUAAACGCUUUCUUGUCCACACAGACGCUUCAAUGUUUGGAUUGGGAGCAGUACUGAGCCAAGUUGGAGCAGAUGACGGAGAACACCCUGUAGCUUAUUUAAGCCGGAAGUUGUUGCCCCGGGAAGUGAGCUACGCCGCCAUUGAAAAAGAAUGCCUGGCUGUGGUGUGGGCCCUGAAAACGUUACAACCAUAUCUCUAUGGGCAACCCUUUUCUUUGCUCACAGGGGUGGAUUAAGGGUGUGUGGAUGAAUUAGUGUGGAUUAAUUAAGGGGUAUGGAUUAAUUAAGGGGUAUGGAUUAAUUAAGGGGUAUGGUUUAAUUAAGGAGUGUGGAUUAAUUAAAGAAAACCUUUAACAUUUUUUACAGGUUUUUUUUUUUUUUUUGGGUUGGGGGGGGGGUGCCAAGCAUAGGAUCCGCCCCGGGUGCCAAAUGCUCUAGGUACGCCCCUGGGCUGGAGACAACGCCAGGCUGCUGCGCUGGAGUUUGGCGCUGCAGCCUUUUGACUUUACAAUCCAUUAUUGACCUGGGAAACAAAACGGUAACGCCGAUGGGUUAUCUAGACAAACAGACCUUGAGAAGUGAUCUGUGAGCCCUCCUCCGGACAUCCCCAAGCCGAUCCGUUGGGAUCAGACUGUGUAUGCCGGCUUGGUUCUGGGGGAGCAUUGUGGCAAACCUAUACAAUUGGACAAUACAGAGAGGGUUGCCUGUGUAGUUCUGGUAAUGUUAUAUGUUCCUGGGUGUAAUGUACUGUGACCGUAUGCUUGCAUUGCCUGUAUGGGCUAUCUGCCGAAAGCAGAUAGCUGUAUUUCAUUUCGUUUCACGAACAGCGCCUUUGCAGGCUGUUCGUGAACCGAAUGAACUAUCCUGCCAUAGCCCACACACUAAGAGACGUGUGGCGCUUGUUAACCGAUUGCAACAAUGUUCGACUACCGACCACGUGGCGGUCGGCCAUCUUGGAUCCUUUGUUCCUCCACCGGUGUUUGGUCGUCGAGCGCAUGCUACUAAAAAUGGCUACUCGACGGCGCGAACACUGCUGGACUUCCAGGCCGUUCGGGAGUUCCGGGCCGUUCGGUAUUUUAUUCCCCGUAUGCCAAUCAGUCUUUUGAAUGUAUGUUUUGAUGAAUAUGUUUUUCGUGCGGCGUUCGGUUGUUUUAGCUGGGAUCUGAGCGGUAAUCUCACGAAUUAUGUGCUCAGACCCCAGCUAUCUACCGAACGUCCAUUCGUGCAAAUCAACCCAAUAUUCGAAAAAGUUAUGUAUUUUAAUAUAAAUUGCCGGUUCUGCUGCACGGAGGGAUAAUCCACUUAAUAGUACAUUCCAGUGGGAGGAUCCCUCUCGUGCAGCAGUGCCUGAUGGGAGAAAUGCCCAAAAUGUGAAGUCCCCCAUGUAGUCCCCUACUGUGUUACCCCUGCUAAGGCAGUAUGGAAACCCCUUGCUUGGGGAGUUGUAUAUAUACUGGAGCUGCAAAUAAAGACCUCAGUUGACUCCCAGAACUGUGUUUCGUCCGGUUACUGGGGGAUUUGGGAUAUUGCCUUGCUUUUCAGUGCUUGACUGUGGAUUACCUUCUUAACCAGCGGAGAUCAUGGGAUUUAAUAUUGCCGCUCCGCUACACCCCAGAGAUCCAAGAGCUAUUUUCACUGAAUAGGUGCUUGGAUCAGACCUUUUAGGAAUAUAUAAUAUGUGGGGGAACAAUGUUGUUUUAUGUAUCUUUUUGCGAUCUUUGUGAUAGCAGACACAAUUAUUUCCCAGACAGAGGCGCCUGGGUGUACUGAACAGCGACCUCAUGCUGGGGGUCUGUGUAUAUAAACCUGUGUCCUUAUUCAAUAAAACCCAUUGUUUUAGCCUUCAUCAAAUCAUGACUGAUGUUUGGGUAAGCAGGUGCUAUAUUCAAUAUUCUUCUUGCGGAAUCUGGGAGCGUGUUAUAGGGGGCAUGCGCCUUCGUUGUCUUUGGCCCCUUAAAGAGGAAGUAACCUAUUUCACAUCUGGACUAACACUCAAUUUAUAUCUGUUCAAUUAUUACCCUAAUUGGUUCCCUAGCCUAUCAGCUCACACUUAGCCCUAUUUACAGGGCUCGACUCCUGCAGGAACGCAUGGGAACAGCGUUCCUGCACUUUUUCCAAAGCAGGAACGCCGUUGCCGUUACCAGUCCUGCAGGACCUGCCCUGCUACCAGCACACGCUGUGUUCCCUCUCCAGCUGCAGCUCACAUCUGCGAGACCCGCGGCUGUCAGAGCGUUGCCACAGGUUACCAUGGCAACACUCUGCACAGCACGCAGGCAAGUCUCGCGAGAGUUAGAGCUGGAGAGACAUCACAGCGUGUCCUUGGCCCCCCGUGUACAGUGGCGGGCUCCCUCCACAGGACCACCAGGCGAUCUCCCCCUCCCUGACAAGGUAAGAAGCAGGGAGGGGGGAAUUAAAUAAAGAAAUCUAAACACAUCAAUUUUAAAAAAAAUGCUUCCCCCCUAUCAUCCAGCACACACACACACACACAUAUCAUCCAGCACACACACACACACAUACACACACACAUCAUCCAGCACACACACACACACACACACACACAUCAUCCAGCACACACACAUACACAUCAUCCAGAGCACACACAUCAUCCAGCACACACUCACACAUCACACCAUCCAACACACACACACACACACAUCAUCCAGCAUACACACACAUCAUCCAGCACCACACACACAUCAUCCAGCACACACACACACAUCAUCCAGCAGACACACCCACAUCAUCCAGCACACACACGCACAUCAUCCAGCACACAUACCACAUCAUCUAGCAACACACACACACACCAUCCAGCACACACACACAUCAUCCAGCGCACUCACACACAUCAUCCAGCACACACACACACAUCAUCCAGCAUACACACACAUCAUCCAGUACACACACACACGCACCCACACAUCAUCAUCCAGCACACACACACACACACACCAUCCAACACACACACACAUCAUCCAGCACACACCACACACACACCAUCCAGCACACACACACAUCAUCCAGCGCACACACACACACACAUCAUCCAGCACACACACACAUCAUCCAGCAUACACACACAUCAUCCAGUACACACACAUACGCACACACACAUCAUUCAGCACACACACACAUCAUCAUCCAGCACACACACACCAUCCAACACACACACACAUCAUCCAGCACACACACACACAUCAUCCAGCACACACACACACACACACACAUCAUCCAGCACACACACACACGCACAUCAUCCAACACACACAUCAUCCAGCACACACACACACAUCAUCCAUCACACACACAUCAUCCAGCACACACACACACACACAUCAUCCAGCACACACAUACACACAUCAUCCAGCACACACACACACACACACAUCAUCCAGCACACACACACAUCAUCCAGCACACACACAUCAUCCCGCACACACACACACACAUCCUCCAGCACACACACACACCAUCCAGCACACACACAUACACAUACAUCAUCGUGCACACACACACACACACAUAUCAACAUAUCAUCCAGCACAUACACAUAUCAUCCAGCACCCACACACAUAUAAUCCAGCAUACACACACACACACACAUCAUCCAGCACACACACACAUCCCCCAGCACACACACAAACUUCAUCCAGCACACACACAAACUUCAUCCAGCACACACACACACUGCAUUCAUUAUACACAAUCUGCACUUACUACAAACACACUACAUUCAUUAUACACACUCUGCACUCAUUACAAACACACUACAUUCACUGUACACACUCUGCACUCAUUACAUUCACAAUACACACUCUGCACUCACGACAAACACACUACAUUCACUACAUAUACUGCAUUCAUUAUACACACUUUGCACUCACUACAAACACACUACAUUUACUAUACACACAUUGCACUCGCUACAAUCACACUACAUUCAUUAUACACACUGCACUCACUACAAACACACUGCAUUUAUCAUACACACUCUGCACUCACUACAAACACACUACAUUCACUAUACACACUCUGCACUCACUACAAACACACUACAUUCAUUAUACACACUCUGCACUCACUACACAGUACAUUUAUUAUACACACUGCACUCACUACACACACUGCAUUCAUUAUACACACUCUGCACUCACUACAAACACAUUACAUUCACUAUACACACUCUGCACUCACUACAAACACACUACAUUCAUUAUACAUUGUGAGAAAACCCACAAGAAGUUCGGGGUUUUCUCUGAGCAUCCAUCUGUUUAGUUUAUUCGGUUAGUUUAUGUCACAUUGGUUUGGUAGAUUGAAACUACCGAACACAGACCACCCUCCUGGCUCAUUGACUUCAAAGGAGCCCGUCAAUUUAGCGCUCUCUCUUGUUUGUUCGGCACAAAGGCAGCAGGACUUGGUCCUCCAGUGUCUGCAACUAAAAUCGGACACUCGACUUCCCGAACACUGGUCUCAAACAUACGAACGAUGGAACUGUAUUUCCCGAACAGCUAGGAGAGCGCUUUUCGGUACUUUGAUGUAUUCGUAUGAGGGGAACAUUCGCUCCUAUGAGCCAGGAGGCUCCGUUUGUGGAUUAUGGAGUUAUUUGACAUUUUCAGAAUCAGGGGAUGUGACAUUUGUGGGGAUACCUUAAGCAUAAAUGUUCUGAGUUUUGGGGGAAAUGUGUGCACUUCGUCUGGAGAUAAUUAGGUUAUUCCUUAACUUAUCUCAUAAUCUCACAGGCGGAGACAGGGAGUGUUUAAGUGUAACUGUACCUUAUGAUUGGCUAUUUAGUUUGUGUAUUGUGGGAGGUCCUCCUGCAAGGGGACCUCCAUAAAAGCCUGGGUGGUCUCAAUAAACAUGAGUCUUGUUACACCCUUCAUCAUGUUUCGGCUGGUGUUUGGGUACCUGAUUACUACUUAGGGAAAGCUGUACUAGAGGAUUUCGUUUCUUUGGACUUUAACUACUGACCAGAAGAACCGAACGGCGAGCCAUAAUCACCCAGGCUCUCAGCCGUUCGGCUCAAAUCAUACGAACCCAUAGCUACCACUUCAGGGUUCGUUACAUACAUACUGUGCAUUCAUUAUACACACUGCACUCACUACACACAUUGUAUUCAUUAUACACACUCUGCACUUACUACAAACACACUACAUUCAUUAUACACACUCUGCACUCACUACAAACACACUACAUUCAUUAUACACACUCUGCACUCACUACACACAUGGCAUUCAUUAUACACACUCUGCAAUCACUACAAACACACUACAUUCAUUAUACACACUCUGCACUCACUACAAACACACCACAUUCAUUAUUCAUACUCUGCAUUCACUACAAACACACUACAUUCACUAUACACACCUUGCACUGAACUAUAUGCAUAGGAGUGUAAAUUAUUUUAUUUUUUUAGGGGGGAAGUGUGGGAAUCUUGGGUGAGUUCCCACACUUUUUUCCCCAGGACUUGACCCCUGUCUAUUUAUACCUCCCUUUGACAUCACUUCCUUGCCCUGCCCUGGUCUUUGUAGCCCAAGAGUGCAUUUUCUUAGUGUUGACUUUUCUGAUAUUUGACUUUGGCUUGUUUCUCGUUUAUCGAUUCUUCUGGUAUCCUUGACCCUUGGCUUUGUUCUACAUUUAUCCUCCUGCCUCCAAUCCUGAUCUUGGCCUGUCUGACUAUUCUAUACUUCUUGCUGUACUUACAUUCAUGUUAAGUCCGGCCACUCUAAGGCCUGGUAAUACGUCUUAGUUUGUGUAUUGGUAAGAACCCCUUAGUUUGCAUGUUAGGUAUAUUGACAAUGACAGAGAGACUUACAACAGAGCUACCACUCUAGCUACAGGAGCUCUGAUACAUCUGGUGGCAGUGGCAGGAUUCUCUCCUGACUGAAUGAAUGUCCCGAGCAAGAAAACAAAUGAAUGGACCAGCAGUACAAACUACUAAAGCGAACCAUGUUGAAGAAUCUACUGGAAGUUCGAGAGCGAGCAAUAAGUAAAAAACCUCACUCAUCGCCGAACUUAUGGAGAGCGACAGAUCUAGUACCUCCUUACAAGGAAACACAGAGGAAUAUAAAUUCCAGAGGGAUGUACGAUGGUGGCUAGCAACUUGGGCUCAAACCCCUUGAAGGACAUGAUCUUGCAAGUGAUGGUUCAAGCGAUUGAGGUGCUGAAAGCCCGAGUGCAAAAAACCUGAGCAUCACUCAGAGAUAUGGAGUCAAUACAGGGAUCCAGCAGUGUAGGACCAUGAAAACUUAACUUUGUGGAUUUCACAGCAUUCAUGAAUGGAGAGGAAGAUAUUGGCAAUUAUCGUCAAGAUUUUGACGAUAUGCCUUGGAAGCACUCGACAAAGCCAAAUGGGCUGCUAUCUAAGGACAGGCAGCUGAGGCAUACUUGGGAGUACAUUCACAACUACGAGCAGGUUAAAGAGAAACUGCUGGCCAGGUAUGUGUUUACCCCCGAAGCUUACAGGUGAUGGUUCUGCAGACUGCGAAAAGGGGGAAAAGACUCAUAUGCUGAAUGGGCUUUUCAAAUGUAAUGAGCAACUCAAAACUGAAUGCAGGAAUGCCAGGCUGUUACCUUGGUAGAUGCCGUACAACUGCUAUUAUUGGAGAAAUUAUUUGACCACACUCCCCAUGACCGAAUGCAGCUCGUCUGGCUGACGAAUUCCAUGAUGGUGAAGACCCGACAGCAGCUGGUUUACUGACUUUGAACAAACCGAUCGCACUGUGGCCGGUGGACCAUCCAUCAACUCCUACCGCCUGGAUCCACCUAAACUGUGGCUCGGGGCCCAAAUACCUAGAAGUUGGGAUUAUGAAAGACUCACCAGCCAAAGUACUAUUAGGUAACGACUUGGGAGGCUUAACCUCCCAGUUCACAGCAACAAAUCCAAAGGAUGCCCUCCCUGUAACAACCCGACUCCAGGCCAGAACGAUGGAACUUUUGCACUCUGAGGACAUACUUACCAGACCUUAACUGCCCAACCUGCCCCAUACUGGGGCUCCCCCCAAGACUGUGAGAGGGAACAGAGAGAGGACCCCAUGCUUGGUGGGUAUAGAAGGAAGGCUGACACACAGCAAGGGGGGCUAGACCAAGAAAGGGGCUACUGUACCGAGUAACUGAGGGAACUGGGAGGGUAGCUGCCAACUGGUAGUACCUCUAAAAUAGAGACCUGAGCUAUUCAUGACAUUCCCCUUGCUAGACAUUUAGGGAUCCAUAAGACCAAGGAAAGUCUGACCAAGGCAUUUUUCAGGAAUAUUGCAGGACCUGCAACACUUGUCAGAGGGUUGGAAAAAGAGGGGACCACCCUAUGGGAAAGUUGAAUCCCCUACCUAUAGUCGAGGAACCAUUCUACUGGGUAGCGGUGGACAUGGUAGGGCCCCUGAGUAAUCCCAGCCCCUCAGUGAAGAGAUAUAUCCUAACCGUGGUAUACUAUGCUGUAACGGACCGUUUUGCACACCAGGGGUUAAAACCGUUUAGGCGAUAUUCCCCUUUUCAGAUGCACAGGCACAGCUACUGCAGAACACCAAUCCGCCGAACAGGAAAACAUAUGAAUGCUGUAAACAGCCGAAUAGGAAAAACCAUAUGAAUAGGUUUACACUCCUAGCAGUCAAACUGGAACAGCAUAUAAUAAAUCCCCCCAAGAACGAGACAAAGCUCCGUGUUGAAGAUCAAGCAGUGAACAGACAGAGCUGUGGGUUUAUUGUUCUUAUAUACACAUUCUUACACAUUAGUACCACCCACAGGGUUUUGCACAACAACCAAUCAUAAACGUACAUUACAGAAACACUCCCAUCAAUUACAGUGGAGUGCAUCGGCGACACUACGUAUAUAGUGCCUACUGUCAGAAUGUAAGGGUACGGAAGCCCUUUCACGUUUUACCUAGAAAGACCGGUGGAAUUGGCGGCGAAAUACGCCCCAGCUUUCAAGGACAGUGACUACCUCCCCUUACCCGACUUACUAACCAGGUCUCCAGGGACCAUAGACCAAGUCAGUCUGGAGGCUCAACUUUGCAAAGGUUAUUGGCAAAUAUUUUUCAAAGGAUGGCUGACCAGCUUUUGGAGGGAUUUCAGGACUAUGCAUUUGUGUAUCUGGAUGAUAUUGCCAUAUUCAGUCACACAGGGGAAGCCCACCUUGAACACAUUUUGAUGGUAUUUGACUGGAUCUGUUCGGCUAAAUUGACUUUACGGCCAGACAGAUGUCAUGUAGGGAUGGUGGAGGUACCAGAGUGUUCUGUAUACUCUAAGGCAGUGGUUUCCAAACUGUCCUCAAGGCACGCCUACCAGUCCAGGAUUUAAGGAUGUCCCAGUUGUGUCAAGGUGUGUUGUAUUUAUUUAUUUAUUUAUUUUCUUUCUAAAACACCUUAGACCUAACUGGAUAAUCCCUAAAUCCUGGAUAAUCCCUAAAUCAGGACUGGUUUGAAAACCACUUCCCUAAGGUUUUAAAUUUUAACAAAAGACAAUACCGGUUCUAUUUUUUUGCAUCUACAUUAUAGUACAAAUUGUCUGCAUUAUAAAUAUAAAUGCCAUUUAAGAGUGGUUGCUCACUAAACUAAUCUUGAUUAUUUUAUUAUUUUGACAGGCUGCAAAAGCUCAAGAGAAGUUAAAGAAACAAAAAAGUGAAGAAAAGAGCACCGAACCUCUCCAACAGAAUAACCGUAGUAACAAAGUGUCUAAAGAUGUAAAGGAAUCAAAAUCACUGGGAAGUGCAAAUAAAAAAGAGGAGGAAAAAAAAAAGGAUAUUCAGGUUCCUCAAGUUACCAAGACGAAGGAAAAACAGGGAGAGGAUAGGACCAGCAAGAGCAUGGUUAAGGAAAAGAUAGAGAGAACUGAGUCUAAAAAAACUGUUGGAGAAGUAAGUACAAAACAAGCAGAAAAUAAGAAAGAAAGCACUAAAGAGGUCAAAGAAAAGGCAAAAGCAAAAGAAACACCAGAAAAGAAAGAGGUGAAAAAUGAAAAACAGCCAGAAAAUAAGCCUAUAUUCAAUAAAAAGUCUGAGACAGAAGUAAAAAAAGAAAUACCACCAUCUAAUAAGAAUACAUCAGUGGAGGAGGGAAAAAAGAUUUUGCCAAAAACUGUUGAGCCAGAGUCUGGAGCUCCAGAAAAUGGAACUCAGAAUCAGGCAGAAGGUGGCAAAGAUGACGAGUCAUCCAGUAUGUUUGAUGAACUAUUGGAGAAAGUGAAAAACAAUGAUAGUGAAAUAAUAGAACUCAACCUUAACAACUCAGACUGCAUCACAAUAGAAACUCUAAUGAGUUUUACUGAAGCACUUGAAUUCAAUACAGUAGUCAAGAUUUUCUCUUUGGCCAACACUCGUGCAGAUGACCACAUCGCUUUGGUCAUUGCUGCAAUGCUGAAAUCAAACAAAACUAUCACCAGUAUCAACCUGGAUUCCAACCAUGUCACAGGAAAGGGAAUAUUGGCUAUCUUCAGAGCUCUUCAGCACAACAAUACACUGACUGAGUUACGCUUCCACAACCAGCGCCAUAUCUGUGGAGGCAAAACGGAGAUGGAGAUAGCUAAAAUGCUUAAAGAGAACACCACUUUACUAAAACUUGGCUACCACUUUGAAUUAGCAGGGCCACGCAUGACAGUAACAAACUUGCUCAGCCGUAACAUGGACAAACAAAGGCAGCGCAGGUUAGCAGAGCAGAAAUUGUUACAAGGUUCAGACAAUAAUAAAAAAGACACCUUGGAAGUUCCCAAGAUUGUUGCUCCUAAGAAAGUUACUCCGAAGUCAUCACCUCUGCCAUCUCCUAAAAUUUCACAGAGAAAUACUUUUAAAAAAGGAGAUGUUCCUGCCCCUCCUCCACCCCCUCCACCAUUUGCCCCUCUUGCACCACCCCUUAUUAAUGAAAACAUCAGGAAUUCCCUCUCUCCUGCAUCACAAAGGAGAAUAGUGGAAAAGACAGGACCUUCAGAAAAGAACAGCAGGGAUCAACUCCUGGAAUCCAUCAGAACUAGUAACAUCAAAAAACUGAAAAAGGUGAGCAAUCAAAUUAAAAAGGUGUAAUUACAGUGGGCCGAUUGGAGUUUAAUAUUAGACAAGCAUCUCAAAUGUGUGGAUGGAUGAAUAGAUGGAUGGAUAGACCUAAUAGGUUACAAGGAAGAGUCUUUAACCGAUACUUUAAGUCAAGAUGUAUCAGAGCUUAUUUUUUUUUUCUUGGAAGUUAAGGUUGAACAUGUCACUUCAUUUUAAGGAUAUCCUAAAUCUCCCCGAAUACAUUAAAUACAUCAUAUAUCACAGAGAUACAUGAUGUAGUCACUGUAAAAUGUUGAGAUAUACACAUCUUACCUCCAAUCCAUGGCCCCCCUUUCCUACGUUUCGUGGGUGUUACUCUUCUGAAAUGCCCCCCUUCAGUUCGCCCAAACAGACCUUCUGUUUGACCCUGACUAGCUGGCUCAGUUAUGUUGCUAUUGUGUGAAGAGCAGAAAGUUCUCUUUUGCUCUCCCUUGUAAGCCGACCCUUUCAUCAGCAUAGAGUUUAUGCUGAAGAACUGACUGGCAGGUAGGAGAAAGACCUAUUUUUAAAUAGGGUUUUUCUUUCAAUAUAAAGCUUUGGUAGCAAAUCUACUAGCACUUUUAAAAGUGCAUACAUUGGAUGCUUAUUGUUGGUUGUAGAAGGAAAAACCUGAUGAGAACUGAACAGCUUUGCAUGACCCAGAAUAGAUAUAUAAACAGAAUACAUGCUCAGAACAAGAAACUGAUUUCCAUGAGGACAUCUAAAGACAUCAGUGCUUAUAUGUUACAUUUAGUAAAAGUUAGACUUUACAUGGCGGAAAAAUUUGUUUAUGCCUAAUCAUUUUUUUUUAAUGAAAUUAAAAAACUUUUUUUUGCGAGUCGAAGUACAGCCAUGCUCUAAUUAAGUUUGCCAAAUACAGCCAUGCUCUGUUUCAGUUUUUCAGAACUUUGAUUGUAUAAUUGCGUUUCAAACUAAAUUUGGGCAAACUGGUUUUGAUUAUAACCUCUCACUCAUUGACUCAGUGAGGAGUUAAAAAUGGAAGUAGUGGUUCUAAAUGGGUCUUUUUUUAGUUAGCAGCCACAGGCUGCUCACUGUUUAAUAGACAUGCCCCUACUCGCAGUAUAGCGAGUAGGGGCAUAAUUUACUAAUACUAAGUAAUCUUUACUUAGUAUUAGUAAAUUUGUCUGAAAGACCAAUUUAGGUCUUUCAGCCUUUUAGUAGAUAGCUCCCUAAUACCGUGGGAAUUAGGGAGUUAUCUACUUAUUCAUUCCUGUCAUUAUAUUGACUGGCUAAGUAACUUACAUUUUAUAUGAAUGUGUGUUACUUGAUUGUUGUAAGUGUUGCAAAUGCUUACAGCUGAAUCCUGGCUAUGUUUGUAUACUUUUUAUUUAAAAUUGUAUACAGUGUAACAUUCUUCAUUCUUACACUGGGUAAGUAUAUUAGUUCUUAGGCAAUACUGUGCUUCGGAACUUCGGCCACUUCGGAACUUUGCACUUCGGAAAUUCGGUAAUUUCAGAACUUCGGGUCUUCGACAAUUUGGCAAUUCAUCUAUGCGGACAUUCGGAAGUACCCGAAUGUUCGAAUUGCCCAAAAUUCGUCCGAAUUCACAUUUGGACCGAAACAAAUUGCACAUGUCUAGUCCUGGGAGCUCUAGUCCUUACAAGGACUUUCCCCGUUGAAUCCUCCACACUAGAACCAUGAUUAAAGAAUAGCCCUUUCCCCUCCCAGUAAUCAGACGACAUAUAGUUCUGGGAGUACAAGCUGGAAUGCUUUAAUGGCAGUGACAACUGGCCUUAUAUGCAUGUCCCCAUGCAAGGGGAAAUUCCCCCCUUGACCUGAGAGUAAACCACAGUAGAAACAAAUACACAAUUACAUUGGCUCUCAGGUCCAGGACACUCCCAUACAAAAUCAGAUAAUCCCUCCUUAGUGCCUAGACUAUAAUUGGAUCAGGAACGGUACCAACAUUACAGUGGCCUACAUUGAUUAUCGUGCUUGGAUUGUUCCUCUAAGCUCGUUAAUAUACAGCUAUAUGUUUACCCACAAGGUUUUUGAAUAUGUAAUGUGUAACUGAACAUUUCUUAAAGAAAUAAUCCAAGCACAAUGAACACUACAGGCUUGACCAUGAACACUACAGUCACUGCCUCUGUGAGGAGCUUGAAGCUGAUACUAGUCUGUUCAGGGCCAACUCAUUGGCAAAAACGGUAAAGGUUCUUGUACCGAAGGGUGAAACUGAUAAAAAAUGAAUUGUAAAAUCUUCUAGCUCAUGUUCUUACUUAAAUUGUAUGCUAAUAUACUAGAAUAUAUUCAACAAAAUAACUUUUUUUUUUUAGAUACUUUCAGUGUAAAAGGGGUCUUUAUUGCACCAGGGAAGCCAGUUAGACUUAUGAUGUGCCUGAUAUAACCUGGUUAUGUACACCGACCCAAGAGUUAAAGCCCAUUGUCAUAUAUAUUCAGAAGGAAUCUGGCCUAUGGCAUUUGUCCCAGCUUUUGAAUAUGACACAGAACCUUAAUAUAUUUCUGUAUUUGUUUUCUUUUCUAGGUAGAGGUACCUAAGUGGCUGAAGUAAAUUGUCUUUCAGGAGGUCUCUUCAGUUCUGACUCAGCAAGUAAUUGACAUCAUAAAUAAUCCACUUGGGUAUUUAUAUAGACUCACUGUCAAUGGGUACAUUUAUCCACACCAUGCAAUAUUUAUUUAACAGCGAUUCUUGCAGUUAUUGUGUUAGCAUUUAAUCAUGUAGCUUCACUCCAACUGCUGCCCUAAUUAGGCAAUAUUUCCAAAAUUAGCUGUGUUUUAUAAUGUGACUGGUAUUCAACUGUUUACACAUCAUGCCAUGUCGGCCCAAAUGUUUUAUGACAGUGAUAAUUGAUUAAGAUGCAUAAGAUGAUGUAUUUUGCUGGAUAGCAGACAAUAAAACAAACUUGUCAUUUGCUUAUUGAGAAUUUAAAGGGAUUACAGCUUCUUGACUCAUGGGAAGUGAACAUGGGAAAUGACGGGGGUCAAACAGGGAAUAUAGGUUCCAUAUUCUGUGAAUUUAUUUUCCAGGUAAUCCAUUAUUCUGCAGAGAAAAAAAUAUCUACAAAUUAUAUCUUAUCUGAAUAGCGUGGGACACAAGACAGCAUAAUUCUGUUUUUCAAUUAAAAAAUUCUAAGCCAUUUAAGAGUGCAAUAUGUGAGAAAAAUGUUUAUUGUAUAAAGCGCAUUGCUUGGUUAAACUCGCUCAUCACUAAACUUAUGUUUAGGUACAUUGAGGUACAUACUUGUAUCACUGUUUUUAAAUGGAAAAAAAGAAAGCUAUAUUUGCACACCCAUGUAUAUAUAUCUAUAUGUGUAGGACUCAAAAUUACACUCGUCACUAGCCUUUGGCAAGUGAAAAUGUAGCCCUUGUGAGUUUACCAUAAACUCCAGUGGUGAGUAACUUUUAAGGCUUGGCUAGUAGCUUAGGACUUGAACUUUUAAGCAAUGUAUUUGUACAUAUUUUUAUACAUGCAUGUGGCUGCUUUAGACUUCUUAGAGGAGAAACUUUCAAAAGUUUGUUUUAAAAUAUGUUUAAGUGCAAUAAAGAAAGUAUUACAUAUACUGCAAUAUUGUAUUAUUUAAAACCUGCAUCACUGGAAUAAUAAUAGUUACAGGCACUUAUAUUCCAUUUGGUUAUCAAAAAUUGGCUGAUAACUUUUCAGCAGUUCACACGGAAAAUCUGUUCAUUUUAUUAUCUGGUUGUUGUUUGGUUACCUGUUAAAAAAAAAAAAAAAGGAAAAAAGCUGAAUCUAUGUGUAAGAUUUUAUUGACUAUUUGCAGUUGACUUGAAAGCAAUUUUCCUUCAUUUGUUUAAUCCACUUUCCUUAACCCCUUAGGGACACAACUUUCCGUCAUGUGUCCUUAAGGGGUUAAAUGAGAACUACACUAAUGCUACCAUCAACCCACCUUACCAUAUAAUAAUACCCAAAUCAUUACCUUCCCUUUCACAUUAAACCAUUAUUGUAGCUGCAAUUUGUUCCUUAGAGCAGGGUAAUUUGUCUGCUGUGUUCAAAUACAUUUAAUUUGUAAUUCAACUGAACAAUUUUCCAACAAAUCUCUGCAGCAAUUAAAAUAAUCUAAAUAAUAGCAGGGGCCCAUUUGGUAAUAUUUAUAGGUAUAAAAACCUUUAAAACACAUACGCACACCAUAUAUAUAUUUAAUAAACAUAAUGUUUGGAUAUAUAUAUUCUUAAACAUAAUGGUUGGAUGUUGCAAUGUUUGCAGGCAUUUUUGAGGUGUUUUUAUGGCACUGCAUGUUUCACUCUGGAAAGAUAUGCUGAAAUUUAACCAGCUUUCCAUAUAAGGUUAUUUCAUCUGCCUGUUCCUUAAUCACAGGAGGAGAGAGGGGCUGUGGCUGGUGGUUGUCGGGACAGCUUUUUGGAGCAAAGAGAGCAACAGAAUGUUAAAGGGAAAAUAAAUGUACAUAGGAGGAGAAAUAUUAAGAAGAAAACAAAUAUUGAUUUAGAUUGCAAGCAUCAUUUUCAGAUGUUCCAUUCUUAGUAAGCAUGGUGCUUAUUUAACCCGUGGUCCACUGAUUGAGUCACUCAUUAAGCGGUCUAUUUAUUAAACACUGAAUGUUGGUAAAUAGAUAACCAACAACAUGUCAGUGAAAACAGACUAAAGCCAGGGCUGACCCAGGAUAAAGUGCGGCCACAAUUCAAGGAAAGAAUGCUGCGUCCACCCUGACCACUAAAACCUUAGCACCUGAAACCAUGCUCAUAAAAACACCUCCCAUGCCCUAUUCAACAAAUGGAAAACCUCUAUCUGUGCAUGUCCAUAACACCACUAUGGACAUUCAACUCUAGUUGCCCCCCUUUUCAUUUCCUACUUCACUACAUUCCCUCAUCUGAUACCACUUCUCUCCCUGCCCCACAGCUAUAGUAGUAUACACAAAAAUAUCCUGCACUCUCGCAUACAAUCCACGUGCUCCAGGCCCAAGGUUGGCAAUUCUCAAUUUAGCAGAUAUGACGAAAGUCAGGCACUCAGGGUAAUACAAAAAUAAGAUUUAUUGGAACAAAAGAGCAACAUUUCAGCCUGCACACAAGCCAUUGUGCAGGCUGAAACGUUGCACCCAUUGGUUGCAUUCAGCGCUUCCUAUAACUCAGUUUCAGAUGCCGAAUGCUCCUGGAGGACCUGGAUAUCUGGCACUGGAGGCUGACUUUGAGGUUGAGUUGUUCUAGAAGCUGGCAUCAUAACAACUUCAUGUUCCUGGCAUCAUAGCAAUGUCAUUUCUAUUAAGUUGUUAUGGUAACCAGAGUGUUCCUUUAAGGGAUAUGCACUUAAAAUCCACAAUAAAAAACAAAAUUAAUAAAUGUUUAACAAAUAGACAGGAUUUACGCUAGGCAUUAACCCAAGCAUAAGAAAUGCUAAUUUUUGUUAAGUAGAAUUAGUUUAAUAGGUUCACUUUUAAAGAUAGUCUCUAUCUAAAAGUUCUAUAGAACAUACGUAAAAUUGUAAUGUAAAAUGAAAUAAUUUGCAAUAAAGUGUAACACUAUUGACUCUAAUAAUACUGUGUGCUUUUAUCUCAAGUGUGUAAUAAAUAAUGCUAAAUAUGUGUUCAGCUUCAAUGUACUUGAGGGAUGCAUGAUCACAUGAAUUAUUAUAUAGCACAAAAUGGUUCCACAGCACUUUACAAUAUUAUAAAAGGGAUAAAUUGAACAAUAAAUGA